UCUUUCUGUGAGGAGAGAAGGGCGGUCUAGGGACACACCAGAUAUCAUCAAACGCCUAACCUCUGUAUAGCGGAGAUACAAGACUCGGAUACAGGUCCCGCUGAACCUUUGCGAUGAUGCAGUUCCAGCUAGCUAUUCGGGCUUCGUGCGUGGGAAGCUUGUCCUCUUGUCGAGAGUUGCAUCGGUCAGUACCGCGAUGCUGAAAUAUCUUCUAUGCUUACGAGUAGGUGCCAAUUUGAUGAUAUUGCUUUCCGACAUUCUUCACGGUGCGAACAGCUCGGUCACCAUGAAGGCCUUGGGUGGUACUAACAGCGAGCUUGGUAGUGAUCUCUGCCAGUGGUCCUUCCGCCCACCGUGUAUUGUAAUUGUAGCUAUGGUCCGGAUCCUAGUCGAUGUCGAUGGACACUGCACCAUUCUGUUUUCCCGGUCAGUUGCAUGUAGUAUAGAGCCUCAGGCCUCAGGCCUCGGAAAAUAUGCCGCACUCCGGUAAAAGUCAAUGGGACCUCAGCAGACCGCGACGUCCGAGUCGUCCAAACCCAUGUCGAAUGCCGUCGUAAGUAGCACAAUCAGCGACCUGCUUAUCUAC